UCACAGAGCCCUUCGGUCCUGCUACGUGAAGUGCGAGGUUAAAAACAGCUGUUCUGCUGGAUGGUUGCUUUGACAGAGAGAUCGACGGAUCAAGCGGAUGAUUUAUCAGAAAUCCAGGCUCUUAAAUGAUAUCGCGAAUAUUCCGUGGGGAAAAUGAGAAUGUCGCGGUCAAACGCAAACGGCAAAUCGACACUCUGAAAAUCUUUAACGACAAUGUAAUAGAGCUCAGAGAAAAUGUGGACUAUCAAGUGGAAUUUCAAGCUGGCGAAAAGCGAAUGGCUAUCGUGGUCUCCUUGUCGCCCAACUUCCCACUGGAGAAACCGGUACUCAGAGUUUCCCCACCGAUAAGCCACCCCUGGUGUAACGAGCACAGUGAAAUCACCAGUGCACCAGGAUUACUGAACUUUUCAGUACACAGUGAUCUCGGUCGGGUUGUUCAAGCCAUUAUCAGAGAGUUUAGUAAAAAUCCACCACAACUGUUGGAGGACAUUUCGCCUGGAUCUAAAUCUCACAGAGACUUACAGGGAAGGAACUCACCGUCUUACUCCCUUCAGCAAUAUCCCGCCGAAAUUCCGUCGACGUCGUUUAAUUCGUACUACAAUACGCAAUUCCCACACUUGUCGUCCUCCAGUGCGAACACGUGCAUUUAUAAUUAUAACUAUACUAACUCCGGUCACACGUACGUCUCGGACUCGAAAUCGUUCGGUGGCACGCCGCAUCACUCGCCGUACAUCCCAAGCUCGAGGAACAAUGCACUGCACAGCAGCACACCCGCGCGAUACACCUCGAAUCAGCACGGCACGCCUUACCUGAACUCGCAUUACGUUAACGCCAACUAUCAACAGCCGUUGCCGAGUCAAUCGCAGGCGAAGGCACCGCAGAGCAUAAUAUUCCCCGAGUUGAAUAGUUUGACCAAUGAGGAACUGAAGAGGCUCAACGAGGAUGACGAUCGGUUGGAUGACUUUCUGGAGAAACAUUCCCAAAUUAAAGAUAUAAAUGCAGCUAUCGAGGAUGCUAUGGAUUGGGUCGAAAAAACUGCUGAAGCUAACGUAGCCAAAGAACCGGAGCUGAAGCAAUUACAAGCUGACGUGGCAGACAAAGUAAAAACGGUGGCGGUGCUGAAAGCCAGAUACGAUCAUCUCAUACAACGAUAUAACAAACUGUCCGAGGUCUUUACGCCGGAUCACAUAAAGGAAUGUCUGAGGCGAGAGGCGGACGAGAGUCACGAGGAGAGCGAGAAGAUCGCCGAGGAUUUCCUUAACCGGAAGAUCGACGUCGAGCGUUUCCUCAGCACGUAUAUCGAGUGCCGGAAGUUAGGCCAAGCGAGACGAACGAAGGAAGAGAAACUGGCGCACCAACUAAACGAACUAAAGCGAGCCGGUUUCUGAGACAGAGAUGAAGAUGAGAUGAAACGCAUAUAAUCAUUUUUUUUCUAUAAAUGGAUCGAACAAAACUGUAAAUAAGAUCUAGUUAAAUUAAACGUUAUUGUGAAUUUAAAAUAGCAUUCGUGAUUACCAAAAAUAUCUGAUGUGACUAUAGAAGAUUCGGCCGGGAGGGACGUACUUCGCGACGCGUAAAUGUGUUUUACUCGCUUCUUAUCUACGCUGCAUUCUGCAAAAAUUCGAUUGAAUCGCAUAGCAUUCCGCAAGAGAGAAACAUACGCAAGUGGCGCUAAACGGGCGAAGUGCUUGAACACCCAGUGUUUCAAGAUUCACCUCGACAUGGAUGUACCGUUACACCGUUACUCCGGACAAUUUUACAAGAUAAAGGGAAAUAAUAUAGUGAAUACAGUUAGGAAGAGAAUGAGAGAGUUGAAUCCGCCGUGUAACGUAACGUUGAUCCAAUGAACCACAGUGAAAACAAACAUGGCUUUAAUUAUAUUAGUUUUGCACAUGUAAUGUAAUACUGUCGCGAUCAAUUCUGAGGCAGAGGUACGUUUUCUUACUGUGUAAAUAAAUGUGCAGGGGGCAAAUGUGAUUAAAUCGAUUUUUGAAACUUUGCUA